UUAUUAACCUAUUCAACAAAAUGAGUGAUUGAAAAUGUUGUCUUUUUUUUUUUUUUUUUUAAACGAAGGUGGUUUGUACCAUUUCUUAUUUUAUGGAGAGAUGAUAAUUGCUUCAAUCACCGUAUGUUGUUGUUGCUAUGCCUGGCCGCAUUGCAUUACGUGGAGUGAAAGUUUGGGGAUGCGCAAUUCUGUUGUUCAGGAUAUGUGGAAACAGAAGUUGAUAUCGCGGAAAUAAUUCCAUUUAAGUGUAGUGCGCCCCCCUCAGGCCAGACCUCGUUGUGACCUGUACUUUGCUGUAGCUGUAGCUGUAGCUGCAGCGACAGGCGUAACGUACACAACAAUCAUGGCAGAGAAUGAAACCCUGGAGUGUAUAACGGAGCACGAGAGGAUUCUGCAGGAAAUUGAGAGCACCGACACGGCGUGUGUCGGCCCUACUCUACGGUCUAUUUAUGAUGACCAGCCCAAUGCCCACAAGCGCUUCAUGGAAAAGCUGGAUGCCAGGAUAAGAAACCAUGACCGUGAGAUUGAGAAGAUGUGCAAUUUUCAUCACCAAGGCUUUGUAGAUGCCAUCACAGAGCUCCUCAAAGUCCGCGCUGAUGCCGAGAAAUUGAUGGGUCAAGUGACAGACACUAAUCAAAGACUUCAAGAAGCUGGGAGGGAGGUGACAUCUCAAACAGAGGAGGUAAUUCGCUGUCGAAUCCAGCAAAGGAACAUGGCUACCACAGUGGAAAAGCUCCAGCUCUGUAUACCAGUGCUAGAAAUGUACAGCAAACUAAAGGAGCAGUUGGAAUCUAAAAGAUACUAUGCUGCUCUGAAAACCAUGGAGCAGUUACAGAAGGUCUACAUCCCACGGGUCAGUCAUUACAGGUUCUGUCAGAUCAUGGAUGAAAACCUGCCUAGACUAAGAGAGGAGAUCAAAGAAAUCUCCAUGUCGGACCUUAAAGAUUUCCUGGAGAGCAUCCGGAAGCAUUCAGACAAGGUUGGCGAGACUGCCAUGAGACAGGCACAGCAGCACAGGACUUUUAACAGCGCAGUGUCAAAGCAGGCCAAUUUAGGCCACUACAACAAGCCUGUGUACUCCCUCAAUGAACAAAUGUGCGCUCAUGCACCCAACAGCCUGCUGAUGGAUGGCGACAUAGGAGAUGAGGAGGAGACUGAUGAAGAGAUUCUAACAGCUCAGGACCUGGUGGACUUCUCACCUGUCUACAGGUGUCUGCAUAUAUAUACAGUUCUGGGUGACCGAGAAACAUUUGAGAACUACUACAGGAAACAGAGAAAAAAACAGGCCCGACUAGUGCUCCAGCCACAGGCCAACAUGCACGAGACAGUGGAAGGUUACAGAAGAUAUUUCAAUCAGAUUGUAGGGUUCUUUGUGGUUGAAGACCAUAUCCUUCAUGCGACCCAGGGGCUGGUGACGAGAGCAUUCACUGAUGAACUGUGGAACAUGGCCCUCUCCAAGAUUAUUGCUGUGCUCCGCACACACUCUUCAUACUGUAACGACCCAGACCUGGUCCUUGAACUGAAGAAUCUCAUAGUCAUCUUUGCUGACACACUACAGAUUUAUGGGUUCCCAGUGAACCGGCUAUUUGACCUGCUGUUUGAGGUCAGAGAUCAGUACAAUGAAACUCUGCUGAAGAAAUGGGCACUGGUUUUCAGGGAAAUCUUUGAGUUUGACAACUACAGUCCCAUCCCAGUGGAUACAGAAGAGGAGUACAAACUGGUUUUGAGCCGCUUUCCCUUCCAUGAUGCAGAGAUAGAGAAGCAAGACUUUCCCAAGAAGCUGCCUAUGUCCCAGUCUGUUCCUCAGAUCUACACACAGGUUAAAGAGUUCAUUUACGCCAGCCUCAAGUUCUCAGAGUCACUUCAUCGCAGUUCAACAGAGAUUGAUGACAUGUUGCGAAAGUCGACCAACCUACUUCUGACAAGAACUCUUAGCAGCUGCCUGCAAAACCUCAUCAAGAAACCUCACAUAGGACUGACUGAGCUGGUGCAGAUCAUCAUUAACACCACCCACCUGGAGCAGGCCUGCAGAUAUCUGGAAGAGUUUAUAACAAACAUCACCAAUGUCUCCCCUGAAACAGUUCACACCACAAGACUCUAUGGCUUGUCCACAUUCAAGGAUGCUCGUCAUGCUGCAGAGGGAGAGAUUUAUACCAAAUUAAACCAGAAAAUUGAUGAGUUCAUCCAGCUAGCAGACUAUGAAUGGGGCAUGGCUGAGUCAGAUGGCCGCGCCUCAGGAUACCUCAUGGACCUCAUCAACUUCCUACGUUCCACUUUCCAGGUUUUCACACACCUACCGAAUAACAACAAUGACCAUGCAUCAAUGUCGGGAAAAGUGGCCCAAACAGCUUGUAUGUCAGCCUGUAAGCAUCUGUCAACCUCACUGAUGCAGAUGCUUCUGGACACAGAACUCAAACAGAUUAGUAUGGGGGCCAUUCAACAAUUCAACUUAGAUGUUAUUCAGUGUGAAUUGUUUGCCAGCUCAGAACCAGUCCCUGGCUUUCAAGGAGACACGCUUCAGCUGGCCUUCAUUGACCUAAGACAGCUCCUGGACCUGUUUAUGGUGUGGGACUGGUCGACUUACUUGGCAGACUAUGGUCAGCCAACCUCCAAAUACCUAAGAGUGAACCCAGCCACUGCCCUGGCUCUGUUGGAGAAAGUGUACAGGGGGAUGAAGGACACCAAUAAGAAGAACAACAUCUUCUCUCAGUUCCGGAAGAAUGACAGAGACAAACAGAAGCUGAUAGAGACUGUGGUGAAACAGCUGCGGAGCCUGGUCAACGGCAUGUCAUCCUAAACACAUACACACACAUGCACAGGAAUGAUAUGUGUGUCACAUAGAGAUAUGUGUGAAACAUGCAUGCAGUCAUGUGCACAUGCUGAUCUGCAGAGAAACUCAGAGAAAGGUCGUUUUGACACAUGUAAAUAAGUUACCACACACCACGUGGCAAAAGAAACACAUUAUGAACUCUCUCACAAACAGAGAAAUACCUACAAAAGGGACAAGCAGGCAAGUAGACUGUCGCACACACUUCACAUGAAGUUGCAGCUGCACACUGUAUGAGGCAUGCAGGGAUUUGACUCCUAACUAAUAAAUCACACUCCCAUUUGAAGUCGUAUGUGUGUAAGACAUAUGACUGUGUAAAUGACACAUGUUAAACAGUUUCCUGGACACACGGGAAUAAACUAAAAUAUUUGUAAAGUAUUUUUAAUGGCUAUGAGAAGAUAAAUUAUGUUUUGUACAUUUGUGAAAGUGCAAUGGUGAGUUGUCGAGGGAGUCUGGAGGAGCACAUGAGUAACUUGACAAGUGUUUGGACAAUGAGUUUCAGGUCAACAUCUGCUGCACCACAAAUCAGUGGCCUAAGCCACUGACUAAGCCAUUUCUGAAUGUCCAGAAACACACCAAUCUGAUAAUCUGUCAUUUGAAUUAGUUGUACGUUCAUUUAAAAAUGUAAUUCCCUACUGCGAAUAGACAAGUUUUUCUUUAUGACUUCUUUUUGUGUUAUUUUUUUUUUUUCUGUUAUCUCAUGUGUAUGUCACAGAUGCACCAGAAGUAGGGUUAGUAAAACAGCAGAAAGCAGCCUGAAUGCCAGUGACUGUGUGAUGUACGUUACUUUUUUAUAUUUUUAUAUAUUUUUACUUCAGUCUCUUUAAAUUUAAUGCCAGUUGAAAAAUGGAAUUUGGUGGCAUGAGAUGGCAUCAAGGGAAGAGUUAAAUACUCAUUGUGCAUUCUACCCUUUCUCACCAAAGACAAAAACCAAGUCCUGCUAUGGAAACAAAAGUAUUCCCCUACUGUAGAAUCAAGUGAUUUCAUUUACUGUUUAGUUUCAAAUCAUUUCAAUCAGCUUGCUUGGUGCUAAAGCUUAUUCUCUCCUUGAGCCAUUAUUCACUUCAUUGCAUAAAACUCAACAUUUACACAUAGUGGUGUGAAAAAAUGUUGGCCCCUUCCUGAUUUCUUAUGUUCUUACAUGUUUGUCACACUUGAGGCUUGUGGUUCAGAACAUCAAACUAAUUUAAAUAUUAGUCAAAGAUAACACAAGCAAACAUGAAAUGUAGUUUUUAAAUGAAGGUUAUUAAUAUUAGAAGAAAACAAAAUCGAAACCUACAUGACCUUGUGUGGAAAAAGUGAUUACCCCAUAAACCCCUUACAGCAACAACUGUAAUCAAGCAUUUGCGAUAAUUUGCAGUGUGUCUUUUUCAGCACUGUGGAGAAUUUUAACCCACUCACCUUGCAGAAUUGUUGCGACAUUGGAGACUAGCCUUCAUGUUCUUUUUGCUCAGCAGUGGUUUUCAUCUUGGAUCUCCUCCAUGCAGGCCAUUUUAGCCCAGUCUCUUCCUUAUGGUGGAGUCGUGUCAUAACACGAGGGAGAAUCACUUUUUCACACAGGGCCAUGUAGGUUUCUGAUUUCUUUCCUGUAAUAAUAAAAACCUUCAUUUAAAACCUGCAUUUUGUGUUUACUUGUGUUAUCUUUGUCUCAUAUUUAAAUUAGUUUGAUGAUCUGAAACAUUUAAGUGUGACAAACAUGCAAAAAAAAAUUGAAAUCAGCAAGGGUGCAAACACUUUUUCACGCCACUGUAUGUUCAGGGACUUGUAACAUCUGCCUAAAUGGUACUUCACUGGUCUUCCAGCUCCAUUUUUGUGGCUAGCGCCAGUUCCUGUUGGAACCAGGCCUUUAAUGUGUUCUAAACUCAUGACCAGUUAAGAAUAGAACAACACAUCAUUCUUAUUCCUUCUGUUUGUUGUCAACCAUAUGGAUAUGAACAUGUAGUCCAGAAUGGUUCUGGCAAAGACCAAAGGAACUCAUUGUCCAAAUACUUCAGCUACUGUGUAUUUGUGUGCACAAACAUUGUGAUGCUGGGGCCAUGGGUGGAUGGAAGAUUAUAUAAAUGGAUGAUGACAUCUUGAAUCAUGUCAUUGACAAAAAUGUUUUGGUGGCUUUGCUUGCUAUUGCUGUUUUUUCUCAGCAUACAUUCACAACGACCCUCCAAUACAACCACACAGUGACUGGACAUGAAAGAGUUCCGUGUGUGCGCUCCAUCAUAAUAUAGUAACAUGUUUGGAGACUGAAAUAGCCUACAUUUUACUCCCUGAUUGCAUUUGUCAUCUUCUUUUGUCAAAAAUGUGGAUGAAUAGCUUAUUAAGAUAUUUGAUUCCUCAUGUGCAUACACUGGUUGGAUGACAUAACACCAAGCUUUGCUCCAAAUUAAUCACACCUAUAUCCUACAUGAAAAUUUGUCGUUUGCAGGCAUGCAUAAUGUAGAUACUCACUGGUAUAAAAAAAAAAUGUAAGUACAGAUUGCACUCCUGGAAGCCACUUAGUGUGCAGUCAAGAUGCUGUUGGCUGUCAUGUGACCUCAACCUACCAUGUCAUAGCCACAUAUCUGUAGUCUCCUGCAUAGCAUGUUGAAAUCCAGCAGUUACAAAAUCUACAAAAGCCUGACAAAGAAAAGGGUUUCUAGUAUCCACAUCACAUGUUAAUACCAAGCAGAGAUGGGGUUAGUGUUUGGCCACUCAGCGGUGUUAAAGGUGACUUAACGAUUCCCUUUCCCUCAGUUGUAGGAUUAAAAACAUUAUUUAAUAUGAAGUUAAUUGCAGUGUUGCUUCUCGCUUACAAAGUUCAUGUACCUUUGUGUCAAGUGAUUUCCUAUUCUGAAAUGAAAAUAACAGUUAAAAUGUGAAUGUUUUAAAAUACCAACGGGUUUCUGUUUAAUUUGUUCUCUGAAUCACACUUCGUUUUAUCUCAUUUUUAAUUUGAGCCAAACACAAAUGAAUCCAUUGUAUAUUUCUACAAAAUACACAGUGAGAGCACUAAUAGUUGUUAUAGAAAGAUGAUCUGAAAUGACAUAUUAGGCGCAUUAUGGGGUUACUUCUUUGUUGUGUAUCAUAUAUUUUAAACUGUCAAGAUAAUGAAAGGCAACCACACCAGAAAUCCUAGCGAGUUACAGUGUUCAGUGGCUACAAGUAGUGAAUUGCUUAGCGCAUUUCUAAUUGUGACAAGUUGUUGUAGCAGAUUUACUUUUUGUUUUACCAGAUAUAAAGUUUAAUGAUAGAAUGAUGAUGAUAGAAAUUUUGACUAUGGUAGGCAACUCUUUACUGUCAAAAUGAUGGCCAUGUGAGGGUUGCUAUUCAGCAUUUCUCUCAGCACUACAUCACAAUGUACAGUAUAUCCCUCGCCUUUGAUUACUCUACUUAGUAACGAGUCCUCGAAGUGCCAAACACUGCAGUACUUUGAAAAGCUGCUAGAGUCCGGCUUCAAAGGUGAGUCAGUGCUACGGACAACCAUGUUAAAAUGUGCAACUUCACAGCAGAAAUAAACAUAUUUAGAGUGUGAUCCAAAACACGGCUUUGGUCUCGGUAGCUAAUUUCCCCUUUACAGGGAUGAAAAAAUAAUGUUAUCAGUUCAAAGUAUAAUUAAGGGUGGGUACAUGUGAGUGUCCUCGCAAGAUGCUAAUUAUCUCCCUAUUUGUCACCCUCCACUCAUGCUGCACCUCCUUAACUUUAAAUUCAACAAAAACUGUACUCCAGUGAAGGGAAUGACACUGUUACUCUGUUCAUUACUGCUUAAAGCCCACCCAAACCAUUUGACUGGCCCUGUAUAUGUUUGUAGAGAACAGUUACCAAUGAAGACACUCCAGACCAAUUUUGCAGGCUCAAAAUCUGGCUUCCAGCAUAGAUUUAAUAUAAUUUAUUUCCAAAUUGUUCCUGGUUUAUUUUCCAAUUUUUAUUUCAUAAUAGGAAAUCGGUUAAAAAGAGUAGAUUCUACAGUACGUGGAGCUUGUAACACUGUAAGUGAUUACUUAUACAUAUGCUGUAUAUUUAACAUGUUAAUAACAUGCAUCACUUCAAGUGUUUUGCUUUUUGUUCCUCAGGGUGAAAUGAAGCUUUAGAAUCACAUAACCCACAAAGCACAGCAAUAAUGAAUUGGUUCCUUUAUCACCUGAUGACAAACCUUUUAUAAAGAGACUGUUUUUAUUCAGUUUAUGUUUUGUGGUCUCUUCUCCAGUAGACCUUGCUUCAUUGGAAAUGAAUUUUAAAUUUUCCUUAUAGAUUUGUUUAGAUUUCAGUUUUCUUUUGUGUUGUUUUUUUGUUUUUCGAGUUCUUUUUUAAUAGUUGCUUGUAAAUGCCUCUGUAUAUAGUGCAUAUUUUGUAAAGAAAAUAUUACGGCAGCUUGUCUGCUGUGAACCGAAUUGGAGGUUGACGCUGUGGUAUGCACCUCCAAUAACACCUAAAGCAAAUAUGUAAUUUAUAAGGUUUCAAAUUUCUGUAUGUUGCCUACACAAGGAUCACAGUUGUGUAUUACAUGAUGAGCUCAGUGAUUUACGCUGGUAACUUUUCUUUACUCAUCUGCAUUGGUAAAUUAUAAAGAUCCUAUACUGUGCAUUAGCAUGCAACCUGAAUUACAUUCCAAUAUGAAAUAUUUAUAUAUCGGUCCUAAACAUUUCAGCUGUCACAAAUACAGUUCCAGUUGAAGGGUUCUUAUGCACAUACUUCCUUUUUGGGUUUUACCCCACAGGCCUAACUGGUUUCUGGUUUAGGAGUAUGUACAGGGCCUCUGCCAUUCUUAUCUCCCUCUCCAUGACCAUACAUUCUCAAGUUGGCAUUUAAAAAAAAAAUAAGAGAAUCAGGACCAGUCCUAAUAACUUCAGGCUGAGUAAAACAUGGAGACAUGCAGAAACAAAGGAAGUUUGACAACAGAAACCACUGUGUUUAGGUAAACAAGAGACUCGUGACUCUGGAGUUAAGUCUGUACUGAAAUGUUCGUCAGAAACUAAUGAGUGCCUGACUGUGGCAUUUUUAUAUAAAUGUGUUUCUAGGGGACAGGGUUGUAAAAACAAGCAAAUAAGAAUUAACUAGCCCACCCUGCUUGCAUUUCAUAUACGCGCUGCUUGUGUCGCAUCAUCUCAUAGGGGAAAUCUUAAUCAAUAGAUAUCAAUAACACUUUUGAAAUUAACAAAACAAUUUAGUAUUUCCUGCCUUCCACAGAAAUGAACAGAGGGUACAUUUGGAUAUUCAAAGGAAUCCUUGCUUUGCCUUGUUUAGUGAGAAGCCCUGACUGAGGAUUUAUUUCUCUAAGUUUGCUGUUUUAAUUUUGUGUGCUGUAAUAAACGUUUCUUCAACAUG